CGGUAUACCGGUACCGUAGCCUGAAGCAAGUGAACUGUGAAGGGUGUCCAAAGGAAGAGGAAGGCGCUCACGUUCAGACAUCAAGUCUGCUCGACUUGGUGAAACCUUUAAUAAUGGAAGUCUGUCAAUUUUUUUGGAACACCACAGCCGGACGCAGUCUGAUCAGCAGGGUGCCGGGUAGAUCUGUUUAACCCAAGGUUACCCUCUUUGGAAGUAAGGUUCUCUCUUGAGUCACAGGGGCUGGGCACGAUGACGGGCCCCACUCAUGAGGAUGCGGUGGACAGGCCGGUGUGGCAGGCAAAUUCAGAUUCAAAAUCGUGCACAAAGUGCAACCGGGAGUUCACUGUCUUUCACCGGCGGCAUCACUGUCGGGGGUGUGGGAAGCUGGUGUGUCAGCAGUGCAGUGACAGCCGCAUCACGUUACCCCCCACCUUCAACUACAAUGGACCCCAGCGAGUCUGCUCCGCCUGUCACACUUACGUUCUUACGCUACAGUAUGAAGCGAAGAAGCAGAGUGGCGAGGUCAAGCCACCAGAUUAUCCUUCCCUGCGAGCUGAGCUUCUGAAGAGGACACUCGAAUAUUUGAGGCUUCCCGAACCAACUUGGCACCAGACGCAGAACGCUGGCGGAGUGGUCACCUCCGUACAGCCUGUUCCCAACAGCCCCUUCGUUUGCGUCCGGAAUCAGACCACUGUGAAGGCACCCCCCUCCAAGGUACAGACCGUGUACGCCGACAUGAACCUGUGGCAAAAGUGGAAUCCGCACGUCAAGUCUAGGAUCCUCGAGGAGAUAGACGGGAACGCGCGCGUGCUAACAGCCAAGUCGGAGCUGCCAGUGAUUGAUCCUCGGGAUACUGUGUUCCUAACGAUGCGGUGGGAGGGUGUGCUGAACCUCGAGACAGGGGCAACAGAGCACAGGGCCGGGCACUUCACAACGGCAGCCAUGUCAAUCGCACACCCUGCAUACCCCCCUGCUCCGUCGAAGGUCGUGCGCGCCGAGAUGGCAAUCAGCAUCACUCAGAUCGAGCCGUCCGAAGAUGGAAAGAGUACGAGAUUCGUUUCUACGGUCCACAUGGACCCGAGGGGCCUGCUUCCGCCGUUCUUAGUCAACACUCUGUUGGGAAGAGGGGCGGAACAUUUGCGGGGCAUGGCUAGAUACGUGGAAGAUAACUAGGAAGGUCGUCUACCAAGAUCAAAUAACCAUUACAUGUGAUCUUUUGGAGUAUGAACUAGACACUGACUUAAGCAAGCGCGCGUAGCUGGCUGGGAAGCAUUUCGUAGGGAGGGGCCUUCUUUUCUUUUCUCAGGUGUAGAUGGAAGCUAGUAAAGCUGCUCUUGAUGUAGAUACCACGGAAGAUCAGGGCAUUUGAAAGUGUGUCGUUCGGAGGGUGAUAGGCUCAUAGCAGAUUGAUUAUGAGUUUGUUGGGCUAGCCGCCUGAUUGCUCGCGGGACUCGGUUCUUUGACGACUAUCUAGAAUUAUGAUACCCGCAGAAGAUAAUCAAUCCACCUGAUCGACUUUAGGCCCAAGGCCGUCAAGCUUGCCAAACAAAUAAUGAAGCGCUUCGAUCUAGUCAAAAAAGUGUACAGUACAAUUGUAACGGACUUGCCUUGCUUGCUCGGCCCUAAGCUCGGUCAGUGGAUCGCUGGCAGUUCAUGUUUCCGGAUAAUUCAGCUUUUUGAUUUGUGCGGCAAUGCUGGGUCGGAUAUGAGGG